GCCUCCUUGCCCUUCUCUCUCGGCUUUUCCCUCUCCUUUCGUCGUCUCCCUCGUCGAUUCGUGAUCUUUCGCUGUCUCAACACAGCCUCAUACAAUAUGGAAACUUGCUAAACUUUAAUGAUCAAGAAACGAAAUUGACCCUUUUAAUUCAUUUUCACACAUGACAAAACAAAAUACAAAUCAAGCUUUGCGUUGACAGUCAUUGGUUACCGCAACAACGUGUUGGGUUCCUGAAGAUUUCGAGUUUCGUGCAUUUUUCAGAUUUUGAUGAGCAGCAAAGAUAGAGGGAAAAAAAAAUUAUGAAGAACUUAUGGAAGAUGUUUUGUGGUGAAUCUGGAAGUUCAGAGAGUGGUGGAAAGCCAGAUGGUUCUUUUUUUGUGUUUUUAAGCCAACCAUCUUGUGUCAACCACAUCUUCAUCAUUUGUCUCGAUUUCUUGCUUCUUUUCAUGCUCUUAUUUAACUUGAUACAAAAAUCAUUAUCCUCCAAAACUUGUCAAAUCCUACCUAGAUUUCGAGCAUUUUCACGUUUGCAGAUUGGCUCUGCCAUCUUCAAUGGGUGUCUUGGGUUGGUGUACUUGUGUUUGAGCAUAUGGAUUUUAGAAGAGAAGUUGAGGAAAACCUAUACUGCCUUACCCUUGAACGGAUGGUUACUAGUGUUGUUUCAGGGGAUCACAUGGAUUUCUGUGGGUUUAACCAUAAGCCUUCGAGGGAAACAUCUUCCGAGGACGCCAUCGCGGCUACUAUCUGUUCUUGCAUUCUUGUUUGCUGGAAUUGUAUGUGCUUUAUCCCUGUGUGCUGCCAUUUUAGGCAAAGGAAUAUCAAUCAAGGGAGCUUUAGAUGUUCUGUCCUUUCCAGGAGCAAUAUUAUUGCUGUUCUGUGUUUACAAGGGCUGUAAGGAGGAAGAAACUGAUGAAAGUGAACCUGGCUUUUAUGCUCCUUUAACUGGUGAUGAGGCUAGUGGCAUUAGUAAAACUGAUUUUGUUGUCCCAGUUACUCUGUUUGCUAAAGCAAGUUUCUUCAGUAGCAUGUCAUUUUGGUGGUUGAAUCCGCUGAUGAAAAAGGGUAGAGAGAAAACUCUUGUGGAUGAGGAUAUACCCAAGUUGCGCGAAACAGAUCGAGCAGAAAGCUGUUAUUUGCUGUUCCUGGAGCAAUUGAACAAGCAAAAACAAGCUGAACCAUUCUCUCAACCCUCACUCUUGUGGACAAUCAUAUUAUGCCACUGGAAAGAGAUUCUAAUCUCUGGGUUCUUUGCUUUGCUAAAGAUAAUUACUUUGUCAGCAGGUCCUUUGCUUCUUAAUGCCUUCAUUUUGGUUGCCGAAGGCAAAGCAAGUUUUAAAUACGAAGGCUAUAUAUUGGCAUUAACACUUUUCAUUUCAAAGAACUUGGAGUCCUUAUCACAAAGGCAGUGGUAUUUUAGGUCCAGGCUUAUUGGUUUGAAAGUAAGGUCUUUGCUCACAGCUGCAGUCUAUAAGAAGCAGUUAAGGUUGUCGAAUGCUGGUAGAUUGAUGCACUCUGGUGGCGAGAUAAUGAACUAUGUUACCGUAGAUGCUUAUAGAAUUGGUGAGUUCCCCUUUUGGUUUCAUCAGACAUGGACUACAAGCCUCCAACUCUGCUUUUCUCUUGUCAUUCUCUUCAAUGCAGUAGGGCUAGCAACAAUUGCAGCCUUAGUGGUUAUUAUAAUCACUGUCCUAUGCAACACUCCACUUGCUAAGUUACAGCAUAAAUUUCAGUCUAAGCUUAUGGUGGCACAAGAUGAGAGAUUGAGGGCUUGUACCGAGUCUCUUGUUAACAUGAAGGUGUUGAAAUUAUAUGCCUGGGAAACCCAUUUCAAGAAUGUUAUAGAAAAUCUAAGGAAAGUGGAGUAUAAAUGGUUGUCAGCAGUUCAAUUGCGAAAAGCUUAUAAUGGGUUUCUCUUUUGGUCCUCCCCAGUUUUGGUCUCUGCUGCUACCUUUGGUGCUUGCUAUUUCCUCAAAAUUCCUCUACAUGCUAAUAAUGUUUUCACUUUUGUGGCAACUUUACGGCUUGUUCAAGAUCCUAUUAGAUCAAUUCCUGAUGUUAUUGGAGUGGUCAUUCAAGCAAAUGUAGCCUUUUCACGUAUUGUUAAAUUUCUUGAGGCACCAGAAUUGCAGAGUGGAAAUGUUCGGCAAAGGCAAAAGCAAAAACGAACAAUGGAGAACCAUGCCAUUUCUAUUAAGGGAGCCAAUUUUUCAUGGGAAGAGAAGUCAGCAAAGCCCACACUCAGAUAUGUAAAUCUGGGGAUUAGACCUGGUGAAAAGGUGGCUGUGUGUGGAGAAGUUGGCUCAGGCAAAUCAACACUUUUAGCAGCAAUUCUUGGAGAAGUUCCAGUAACUCAGGGAACUAUUCAGGUUAGUGGGAGGAUUGCCUAUGUUUCUCAAACAGCUUGGAUUCAGACUGGGACAAUACAAGAGAACAUUUUAUUUGGCUCUGCCUUGGAUAGCCAACGAUACCAAGACACACUUGAGAGAUGUUCAUUGGUAAAGGAUCUUGAGUUGCUUCCAUAUGGUGAUCAUACAGAAAUAGGGGAAAGAGGAGUGAAUCUGAGUGGUGGUCAAAAGCAGCGAAUUCAACUUGCUCGUGCUCUCUAUCAGGAUGCUGAUAUAUAUCUCUUGGAUGAUCCAUUCAGUGCUGUUGAUGCACACACUGCUACAAGCUUAUUUAAUGAAUAUGUUAUGGGAGCACUUUCAAGGAAGACUGUCCUACUUGUGACACAUCAAGUUGAUUUUCUGCCAGCAUUUGAUUCUGUUUUGUUGAUGUCAGAUGGUGAAAUCGUGCAAGCAGCUCCUUAUCAUCAGUUGUUGGCCUCGAGCCAAGAAUUUCAGGACCUUGUAAAUGCUCACAAAGAGACAGCUGGUUCUGAAAGGCUUACUGAAAUUGCUACCCCUCAGAAAAGGGGUUCAUCUACUAUGGAGAUCAAGAAGACAUAUGUGGAGAAGCAACUGAAAGUAUCUAAAGGAGAUCAAUUGAUCAAACAAGAAGAGAGAGAAGUGGGGGAUACAGGGCUGAAGCCUUAUGUUCAGUAUCUGAAUCAGAACAAAGGAUACUUGUACUUCUCCCUUGCAGCUCUUGGUCACCUUACGUUUGUGAUUGGACAGAUAUCACAGAAUUCUUGGAUGGCAGCUAAUGUUGACAAGCCUAAUGUCAGUCCAUUAUGGUUGAUUGCGGUCUACUUGAUUAUUGGAGUUGCUUCAACAUUGUUUUUGCUGGGUAGAUCUCUUGCUACAGUCAUUUUGGGUCUUGAAUCAUCCAAGUCUCUAUUUUCACAGCUACUGAAUUCCCUUUUUCGUGCACCUAUGUCUUUUUAUGACUCCACACCACUCGGAAGGAUACUUAGUCGGGUAUCAUCCGAUCUGAGUAUCGUUGAUCUUGAUGUUCCAUUCAGUAUAAUCUUUGCGGUGGGGGCUACCACAAAUGCCUAUGCCAGUCUUGGAGUACUUGCUGUUGUUACCUGGCAAGUCCUGUUUGUCUCCAUACCAAUGCUUUAUCUGGCAAUUCGUUUACAGAGAUAUUACUUUGCCUCUGCAAAAGAGUUGAUGAGGAUCAAUGGUACAACCAAAUCUUUGGUGGCAAAUCAUUUAGCAGAAUCUGUAGCAGGUGCUAUGACAAUAAGGGCUUUUGAGGAGGAGGAGAGAUUCUUUGCAAAGAAUCUUGAUCUCAUCGACACAAAUGCUAGUCCUUUCUUCCACAGUUUUGCAGCAAAUGAGUGGUUGAUUCAACGGUUGGAAACAGUUAGUGCGACUGUUCUUGCCUCUGCAGCACUCUGCAUGGUCUUGCUUCCUCCUGGAACUUUUAGCUCUGGAUUUAUUGGAAUGGCACUUUCUUAUGGGCUUUCAUUAAACAUGUCCCUGGUUUUUUCAAUUCAAAACCAAUGCACCAUAGCGAAUUACAUCAUUUCUGUUGAAAGGCUUAAUCAAUACAUGCACGUACCAAGUGAAGCACCUGAGGUGAUAGAAGAUAACCGUCCUCCACCCAAUUGGCCAGCAAUAGGUAGAGUGGAUAUCUGUGAUUUGCAGAUCAGAUAUAGGCCUGAUGCACCACUAGUUCUUCGAGGGAUCAGUUGCACAUUUGUAGGAGGGCACAAGAUUGGUAUUGUUGGCCGUACAGGCAGUGGAAAGACUACUCUUAUCGGAGCUCUAUUUCGUCUUGUGGAGCCAGCAGGAGGAAAGAUUAUUGUAGAUGGCGUUGACAUCUCAAAAAUUGGCCUUCAUGAUCUCAGAUCGCGAUUUGGAAUAAUACCUCAAGAUCCUACUCUUUUUAAUGGAACUGUGAGAUACAAUUUGGACCCCUUGACUCAACAUAGCGAUCAGGAGAUAUGGGAGGUUCUUGGAAAGUGCCAGCUUCGAGAAGCUGUCCAGGAGAAAGAACAGGGACUGGACUCCUUGGUUGUUGAAGAUGGAUCAAAUUGGAGCAUGGGGCAGAGACAAUUGUUUUGCUUGGGGCGUGCACUUUUGAGGAGAAGUCGAAUAUUGGUGCUCGAUGAAGCAACUGCAUCAAUUGACAAUGCAACCGACUUGAUCUUGCAAAAAACUAUUCGGACUGAAUUUGCAGAUUGCACUGUGAUCACAGUAGCUCACAGGAUACCAACCGUGAUGGAUUGCACCAUGGUUCUAGCCAUCAGUGAUGGAAAACUAGUAGAGUAUGACGAGCCAAUGAAGUUAAUGAAGAGAGAAAGUUCACUGUUUGGGCAGCUUGUAAAGGAAUACUGGUCUCAUUAUCACUCUGCAGAAUCACAUUGAAGCUGAAUCAUUUAACUCUGGCUAGGCAGCAAAGAGGAAGGGAGGAGAAUGUUCAAACUGGGUAGUGGGAUGUAUGGUAUUAGGGUUGUAGGCAAAAUAUUCAAGAAGGAACAGAAGUUCCUAACCAGAGUGUAGCUGUAUUUAAUCAUCAAUAUUUAUUUCUAUAAGGAAAUUAAUCAAAUCAUUUAUUGUUGUGUCC